AUGAUACCAAUGCGCCACCUGCUCUGUGUGUUGGUACUCUCAUUCUGUUGUGUCUGUGGAUGUGUGCUGGCUACUGCAGGAGGUGAGGCUGAUAGAGUUGGUGAUGCUUUAAAGACCCGGGAUGAUGUUCCUCAUUCAGAAGAUGCAGAAUCAGAAAUUCAUCAACAAUGUGAUGCCGAAGGGGAAGCGACGGAGAAACGUUGCACACAAAAGCCCACAGAAGAGUUGCCUCUAGAACGUAAAAUAGUGAAUCAGCAAGGCCCUGAUCUCAAGAGAGAUUCACCAGACACUACUUUAGAGAUAAAAGGUAACGGUACUACACAUACGCUCAACAGUUCUCCACAGAGCCAAUCCCAACCACAACCUGAUUCUCCUAAACCUGCAGAAGGUGUCCCUUGUUCCACUAAUUCUGCUGGUAAUACUGAUCCUAAUUGUCGUGCUCAAACGACAGCAGAAUUGUCUUCUCCAUCACCUUCUGAAAGAAGUCCUGAAGGUGAACAGGAUCCUCCAGGUGCUGGUGCGAAAGAUAUUACCGAUAAAGAAGGUGCUGCUGGUGCUUCUUCUGCUCCUGCUGCUAAACCUGAUCCAUCCGCUCCUGAAAGUGAUGGUGAAGUGUCUGUAAGUAAAGGUCAACCUGAAAGCAACAGCAACAGUGCAGAUGGAAAUGGCACCACAGAAAACUCUUCUUCCAACAAUUCGGACACAGGGAGUACCAGUAAUUCUGAUGCUGCAAAGAAUGAUAAUGGAACUUCACCUGCAGGGAGUGAAUCAACAAGUAACCCAAGUGCUGCGGGAAGUGGAGACACAACCACCACCACCACUACAACAACAACACUUCCUCCUGAACUCACAAACAACAAGAAGGGUGAUGCAGACAGCAGCAGCAGUAUCAGCAGUUCUGUGUGGGUGCGUGUACCACUACUGAUUGUGGUUACACUGGCCUGUAUUCUUGUGUGCUGA